AUGCGCGUAAUCCACGGUCCCGGAGGUGCUCUGCCAGCUAUCCCAGAUGACUUGACCAUCCCGCAGUUCAUGCUAGAUGCCGACCACCCAAGCAGACCAAAGACAGACAGGAAUCGGCCAUGGAUGAUCGAAGAGACCACAGGCAGGGAGGUGGUGAAAGCAGAGCUGCACUCGCGCACCGACAGUCUCGCAAAUGCGCUCAAAAUCCGCUGGAACAUCGGAGAGGAUGAUGUUGCCUGUCUGUUUAGCUCGAACCACGUCGACUACCCAGUGAUAGUCUGGGCCGUUCACCGACUGGGAGCUAUCGUCAGCACUGCCAACCCCUCCUACACGCACGACGAGCUCGUGCACCAGCUCAAGACCACCGGCACCAAGAUCAUCUUCGCGCACUCAUCCGGUCUCGCAGUCGCAGAGGCAGCCGCGCGCACAGUCGGGCUCAAGCCGGAGCGCAUCGUCCUAGAGGGGUCGAAGAAGCCCAAGAGCUACACGGAGCGAAAGCUCAGGCCAGGUGAGGGCAAGACGAAAAUUGCGUUCUUGAACUUCUCCAGCGGGACCACGGGGCUUCCGAAGGCCGUCAUGAUCCCGCACUACGCGUUGAUAGCCAACAUCAUCCAGUGUACUGUGUAUGCCGAGGGAGACACUAAGCCCGUGGAGAGCAAGACUUUCAUACCCGGCCGCAGAAUCUACGCAGCGCUUCCCCUCUUUCACGCAUAUGGCUUGGCCUUCAUCAUGCACUUCGGUUUCUUCCUCGGGAUGCCCUUGGUGGUCUCCCAGAAAUUCGUCUUCGCCGACAUGCUCAAGAGCAUCGAGCGUUACCGCAUCACCACCCUCCCCUGCGUGCCUCCCAUGGGUGUGCUCUUCCACCCCGAUGUGAAGAAGUACGACCUCAGCUCGAUCAAGUCCUUCAUGAUCGGCGCCGCGCCCGUCUCGCCCGAGCUCCAAGCAGCACUCGCGAGCGUCUUCCCGCAGGCCACCAUCGGCCAGGGCUUCGGCAUGACGGAGACCUUCACGAUCGUGGCGCUGCAGCGGCACGAUCAGAAGGUCGGCACGCUGGGCAGCGCGGGCGUCCUCCUCCCUGGCGUCACCGCACGCGUCGUCCGCCCGGACGGCACGGAUUGUGCGCCGGACGAGCCGGGGCAGUUCGUCGUGAAGAUGCCCUCUCUGGCGCUGGGGUACCUGAACAACGAGCAGGCGAAUAAGGAGACAUUCGUGGACGGGUGGCUGAACACCGGCGACGAGGUGAUCAUCAACGACCAGGCCGAGCUGUUCGUCAUCGACCGCAUCAAGGAGCUCCUGAAAGUGCGGGGCUUCCAGGUUGCUCCCGCGGAACUGGAGGGCUUCAUCCUCGACCAUCCGGACGUUGCGGACGUCUGCGUUGUCAGUCUGCUCGACGACUUUAACGGCGACCUCCCCCUUGCAUUCGUCGUGCCGAACGCGAGCGCCAAGGAGCGCAUGAGCAAGGACCCCGCUGAGGCUGAAAAGAUCAAGGCGGCGAUCAUCAAGUACGUCGCGGAUGGCAAGGUCUCUUACAAGCAGCUUACCGCCGGCGUCGAGUUCAUCGACGCGAUCCCGAGGAACCCUAGCGGGAAGCUGCUCAGGCGGUUCCUGCGCGACAAGGCAAGGAGCGCGCAGAAGAACAAGGGCGUCAAGGCGAAGCUUUGA